GUUAAAAUGUGACGAUCACAAGCCUCAACUGAAACUAAAGGUUUGAAAUAUCUGAGUAACUUGAAUUCACGGAGCAAAGCUCAGAACUAGCUUGUGUCUUCAAACCCUCAGUGCAGCUGCCACCCACCAAGACCAUCAGCACUCAAGGCUCUUUACGCUUCCUCCAUCUAUUGUUUGCCUGAUUUUGGCUGGAGGUAGUUUAAAUAUGCAUAUUGGAGUUGCUUGCAAGUUGGCACUUUUCAUGGAACAAUAACAGUAUGUCCUUCCUUGGUUAUUUUACUGAUGCAGAACUCAGGCAGAAGCUUGUCACCAACAAAGUGGAUAUUUCCAUUGCGAUCCAUAAAGUAUUUCCCUUCCUUCAUGGCCUUCGAGACAAGCUGUUGAUCACCAAAGAAAAAUUCGAUGAAAUCUCAAAUAAAGGAAAACAGGACUGCAGUAAGGCUGUGUACUCGUUGCUGGAGUGGCUGGAAGACAGUGGCUCUUCAACCAUUCGCAAGUUUUGGUGUAACUUGUUUCAGGACUAUAACUUGCAGGAGUACCCAAAGCUGUAUCCCUUACAAGCCAGCUUGAUUGAAGAUCUUGGUGAAGACAGAGGAAAAUAUGAACCCGCAACUGUUCCUGUUGUGAAGACUGGAUUGAGUAUAAAGACUGGAUUGAGUGUAAAGAGGAAAAAGCAUCCUGAUGAAGAAUGUGCACAUCACUCAGCCAGUGGAAGAACUCAGAAGAACAGCAGAGACCAAAGCCUAGAAUGCAGCAAAGACCCAAGCCGAAAAGAGUGUGUAAAUUGGCAGCUAAUGAAAAAGGAAGAUGACAAACCAAAUGUUCGGAAAACCCGAAAGCUUCCAUCUCUGCCAGACAAAGUGGAUUUUGACUCCAAUGAACUGCCAGUCUCUUGUGGUGGCAUCACUGGAAUAUUGGACAAGAAACGACUAGCACUUGGAAGCAAAACAGCAUGCAUAAAGUCUGAGACUGUCUGGUAUACACCAAGUCAAUUUGAAGCAAAGGGCGGUCGAGGCAAAAGCAAGAAUUGGAAACUCAGUAUUCGAUGCAAAGGCUAUCAACUGUCCAAGUUGAUAGAGUGGAAAUAUUUGCUAUGUCAGAGUCCAAGCAAAACAAGGACAGUUAAAGCAGUAUGUACCAAGUUAAAGAAGCGCAAAACUCUAAUUGAGAGCAACAGCAGCGAUGAAUCCUCAUUCUCCGAAAGUGAAUUGGAAUCAGACAUGGAGGAACAUGUUGGGUUGAUGAAGAAAUUUGCCAUCCAGCAUGAAGAUGGAUCUUCUAAUGAACACAGAAAAGGUACAGAGGCUGAGGAUACUGAAGGAAAGGAUGAUUUCUUUUCUAACGAGCUUCCAGUUACGUGCGGUUCUAUGACAGGGGUCCUGCACAAGUGCAGGUUUAUAACAGGAAUUAAUGGAAAAUGCAUUCGAACAGAGACUAAAUGGCUGACUCCAUCGGAGUUUGAAAAAAUGAGUGAUGUCAGAAAAGAUAUUCGAUAUUGGAAGAGAAAUAUCCGCUGUAAAUCAGAGACUUUGGGCAAACUGAUCCAGAGAGGCUACUUGAAGCUUCACAAGCCUGACUGCUUGUGUGAAAAGUGCACAUCUCCAGAUUUUGACUCUCAGCAGGAGAAUGACGAUGAGUGUACAGUGUGUGACGAUGGAGGGGACCUGAUCUGCUGUGAUGAAUGCCCCAGGGCUUAUCACUACCUCUGCCACGUUCCCUCGCUCAGCCCAAACUUAAGUGAGAGUUUGGUCUGCACUUUCUGCAAAAUGGACAAACUGUCAGCAAAUAAAACAAGGGCAAAUGUCUCCAACAGUGAAUUUGGUGUAUAUCAAUCAACCAUGACACCAAAGUACAUUCUGAAAUGUGAAUAUAUUUUACUCCAUCUGUCUUGUAAGACAGAAUGUGUGGUGUUUGACAAAAACCCCUGUGACAUUGUUGCAGGGUACGCUGAUAUAAUUGAAGAUCCCAUGUGGCUCUGCAGGGUGAAGGAGAAGCUGGCCAAGAACGAAUACCAGAAUGUGGGCGGUUUUAUUGAUGACAUGAGGUUAAUCUUCCAUAACUGUGCCAGAUUCAACCAGGAUAAUGAAUUUGAAGCCAUUGGAAGAAAACUUAGUGAUGAAUUUGAAGAGGUUAUGAUGCAGGUGUUUGAUAUCAGUAACAACCUUUACAUCCCACAAAUGGAUGAUUGAACCCAAGAACCACAAUGGAUUAAUGUGUCAGAGAAUCUUAAUUGCACUUUUUAAUAUACACAAAUAUACAUAUAUUUUCUGUACCUUUUAAUAAAAUGGAAAGCUGGUGAAUUAAUGCAA